AUGAGACGCAAGGAUGCUAAGCUGAAACGAAAGCGCCUGAGAAAUGCACAGCCAAGCGUGAAAAGAAGAAGACUGGAACUGAAAGUUGAAAGGCAAUAUAAGAAUACAUCGCAGUCUGUUCUUGAAGGAGAUAUAUAUAAGCCAAACAUCUGUUUAGAGGCUGAAGAGAACAUAGACAUAGAUGAUAUUGAACUGGAUGCCCCUGUUGAUAAUAUGCAUACACGUCCGAUGGUGUUCUUUGAUUUGGAAACGGGAGGAUUACGACGAACAUCUGAUAUACUCCUAAUGGACAUUUUCGCAAAGUGCCAAGAAAAGAAGCUCUCAGUUUAUGUUUUGCCGACUCGAUCCAUCAGCAAGGAAGCAUCUGAAGUAACCUGUUAG